AUGGGCGUCAACUCGCCUUUACCCACCAGGCUCCAGGACGAAUCCAGAAAGGCUGCCAAGAUCAUCCGGAGCUUCGUCGACAGCCAGAACAAUGGUCUGGACAAGGUCGUCCCUCAAUCCGUCCUUCAGAAAGCAGCUGGUUUUGCUAUCUUUACCGUUUUCAAGGCCGGCUUCUUGUUCUCAGCGAGGGCGGGCUCCGGGGUUGUUAUUGCUCGCACGCCAGACGGAAGCUGGUCACCGCCGAGUGCUAUUGGUCUUGGUGGAUUUGGUUUCGGAGGGCAGCUUGGAGCCGAGGUCACAGACUUCCUCAUUGUCUUGAAUUCGACUGCUGCCGUCAAAUCCUUCAUGGCCGCCGGCUCCCUCACUCUCGGCGGCAACCUUUCCGUCGCGGUCGGUCCCCUCGGGCGCAAUGCCGAGGGCUCCGGAGCUCUCAAUUCCAAAGGCAAAGUCGCCGCGAUGUACUCUUACUCGAAAACAAAGGGACUUUUCGGCGGCGUCUCUGUCGAAGGCUCGAUCAUUCUUGAGCGGCAGGACGCAAAUCGGCUUGCGUACGGCGGCAAUCCCACAGCCAAGCAGAUCCUCAGCGGAACAUUCGAUGCACCAGACUGGGCACAGGAGCUCAUUGAUGGCAUCGAGAGAUGUACGGGACUACCUGGUGGACAAAAGUGGCGGAGCUGGGACGAAGAGGGAGAGGGCGGAGGGAUGGGGUACGGGCACGACAGCCCCACAGGGGAGAGGAGCGGGUAUGUCUUUGGGGAGGGCGUAGGCGGGCAGGGCAGCCCCAAUUCCAAGCCGACAAAGGAAGGUCGGAGGCGAGGAGCGAGCGUAGGCGUAUUCGACCAGCCGGUUCAGGCGGCAAGGCCUAGUCCGGCCAAACGGACCUCAUCGUUCAAUCCUUUCGGAUCAGGCUCGUCUUCCCCGAAACGGUCUCCUGCUGUCUCUGGGAUGGCGUCGAGCGAGGCGUACAAUGCUGGUCUGACGUGGGACUCGGACGGGCCUAUGGCGGCGUACGGGAACCGCUCAAGAUCCGGCUCUAGCGCGCUGAGACCGGCGAUCGACCUCGAGGGGCGCGCGAGGAGCUACUCGGAUCCGAAAGCCCGGCGGGGACCGAGGAAGGCGGAUGAAGGGUUGCUGGCGGAUGAGAGCGAGCUGCGGGACGGGGUAGGGAAGGACCUCAAUGCGACAUGGGGACAGGCGGACGAUCGAGGUCUGUCGAGCGCUUUCGGGCGGCUUCGGGCCAGUACGGUUGGAAGUAACGGGAGUGGGAGCCGGUCGAGAUCAAACUCGAAACCUCCAUUACCCAGCUUUGAGGAGGACGAGUACACGCCGUACGAGACCGAGUCGAAGUUUGCUGCUCGGUACGGCGGCGGUAACGGAUCGUCCUCCUCUCCCCGCCGAGUCAACCUCAACGAGGACACCGACCCCUUCGGCGGCGAAUCGUCUACCUCCGGUCUUGCUUUCGAGGCAUACACACAACCCACUCGGCCAUCCCAUUCCCGCAAUACUUCGUCCUACUCCAGUCCGAACCGCCGUACUUCCACCCCACCUAUCAUCACCCUCAAACCAGGCCUCACAUCCGGUCUCCCAGAGACAGGCUACGCCCGCGCCAUAGCGCUCUUUGAUCUCCCGGCCGGUCAAGCUGGAGAUCUGGCGUUGAAGAAGGGAGGGGUGUUGUUCGUGAUGGACAAGGUGGGCACGGGAGGUGAAUGGUGGCGCGGGAUGAAUAGCAGUGGGGAGGCUGGGAUCUUCCCGGCGAAUUAUGUAGAGGUGGUGGAGAUUCCGAAGGAGCUCAAGGGGGGUCUGAGCAGGGGAGAGCUGAAGAAGCGGGUGCCGGGAUUGGACUUUGAGUAG